AUUCUUUCCAGGUCGGAUCGUAUCCUCAAUCUUGAAGCGACGUAGCUUGCGCCGCCACUUACCGCGCUCCGCCUUCGGUUCUCUCGGCCCUUUCUAGAGCCCUAAACGCUCGCCGCCUCAGUCGCAGUGCUCGCACGCCAUCUCUCUCCCGUUGCUCCGAAUGGCGUGGCGCGGAUCGAUCUCGAGAUCGAUGCUUGCUGCUGCGCGGUCCUCGUCCCCCCGAUCGCCGCCUCCGGUUGCCCGCCUCCGCCCUGCGCUUGUUUCCGGUCCCCGCGUCCAGCUCCACCGCCUCUCCUUCGGCCCUCCCAGAUCUCUUGGAGCAUUAGGAUGCGCGCAGUCCUUCCUUCCGCUUUACAGCGUGGUGGCCGCUCCGUGCCUCACCUCUCACCUGUCGGUCAGCGCGAGAGCGUGCUGUGAGCUCUCUCAGGGGAAAAAUGGAAAAGAUGGUUGAUGAAGAGACAGGGCGUCGUUCAGUGGGAAGCACUGUUUAAGCUGAUGUACUUGAAAAAAUAAGGAUCAAUUGCAUGGAUGGUAAAUGGAUGACUCUUGGUACGUGUAGAACAAGAACCUGCUUAAGGAUUGACUGGAAGAUUAGGAGAUACUGCAAGUGUUUUUUGAUUGUUUCACCAGUUUUGAGUUUUAUUUUCCAGGAGUUCAAGAAUAAGUGUCACUUGUGCUUCUGGUAAACAAUCCUCUGGGAUUAUUAUGUCAUGUUCAUUCCACUCGGGUUUUCA